AUGAAAAAGAAAAGAACUCCCUCAGACAAGAUCAAAGAGAUAAAUCGUAAUAAGAUCAAAGAGAUAAAUGUUGGUGGGAAGCAAUUGAAGCCUACAAUUUGGGACACCGUUUACGAUGCGACGCAGAAACCAGAAUUUACCAACUUAGCUAACCGUUGGAUUAAAGGAGUGGAAGAACACUCCACAAAGAACCGUGUGAAGUUACCGGUUGGAAACAAAGUUGAUAGUUCUGAAAUGGUUGUUAGUAAAGAAGGAAUGGCUCUAGCAAAACAGCAUGGAUUUUUGUUUGUUGAAACUAGUGCUAAAAUUAAAGAGAAAGUAGAGAAAUGUUUCCAAGAUCUAGCACUCAAGAUUCUGGAGGGAAGAGAUAAGAAACGGCUGGAGGAGGAACAAAACAACAAACCGCCAGAACAGAAAACACGCCAACCAUCAAAAGGGGAAGAAAAGGAGGAGAGGAGACCAAUAUAUGAACCAGAUAGGUGGUGGAGUUUAAACUAG